AGCCACAGCCCACCACCUUUGCUUGCUCUGCCCCUCCAUCAUCGCCAGCCUGCCAGUGCCGCCGCUACCGUAGUACCGUACCCUCAGCUAGUCAGCUACCUCCAUCCACCAGACCAGACCAUACCAGACCAGACCAGACCAAUGGCCCUGCGCCUACCAAUCUCAUCGUCCCACGGGCUGGCCUCCACGCCGGCGCCAAUCUCCACGACGACGUGCCGGCCGGCCGUCUUGGCGACGGCCGCGGCCCAGAAGAGGAGCCUGCUGCUGGCGACGGCCUCCGAGACGAGGGGAGUCGCGCCGGUGAGGUCCAGCGGGAUCGAGACGAGCACGGUGGGUCUGGGAUGUGAGGCCGUCACCGGGCAGGUCACGGAGGUCAACAAGGACACCUUCUGGCCCAUCGUCGAGGCCGCCGGCGACAAGGUCGUCGUCCUCGACAUGUACACCGAAUGGUGCGGGCCUUGCAAAGUGAUGGCUCCGAAAUUCCAGGAGAUGUCUGAGAAGAACCUGGAUGUUGUGUUCCUGAAGCUCGACUGCAACCAGGACAACAAGCCGCUUGCGAAGGAGCUGGGCAUAAAGGUUGUGCCAACGUUCAAGAUCCUCAAGGGUGGGAAGGUCGUGAAGGAGGUGACCGGCGCCAAGAUCGACGAGCUAGCGCAAGCCAUCGACACAGUCAAGUCAGACUGACAAAGAAAGCAGGUGAUGCAACUAGCUAGUGUAGACGAUGAAUGAAUGAGUCCCCGGCCGGCCUUUUGUGGGACAGCAAGGCUGCUAGAUACGUACGUACGUACUCAUCAACAAUUAAUGAUGGAUGAUGGCAAUGGCAAAUAUACAGUCAAUGAUUCAUAUAUGCAUGCAUGGACUGCUAUGCUAGCUAGCAGCCCUUUGUAAA